AUGGGAGAAAUGUUGACUGCCUUCGCCACGGGUCUUCACCCGGGAGGAAGAAGCAUCGCUGCCUCCCGACGGAGUUCGAUUUCCAAAUACAGUCAAGACGACAAGGAUGCCAGUCGAUGUCCUUGGUGUUCUUGCAACGAUCCAGUCUACACUUCGCACCACCACAACAACAGCAGCAGCAGCAGCAGCAGCAGCCAUGCCGGCUGGCGACGAGAACAUGAAAGCACAGAGACGAUCCUCGCGAACCGCGGAGGAGACUGGUGGCCCAGUUCCAUCAGCGAGACGUCCCUCAAAUUGAACGACCUGGACCUCGGAGCUUCAAGAGACUUGGAAUCGGGGGAGGAGGCGAAGAAGGCCACACCUCAAACGCCUCCUUCUCCUCCUUUCAAUCCCAGAGAAAACCCAGACGGCGGAACACAGGCCUGGCUCACUGUGUUUGGUGCCUUCCUUACGCUUUUCUGCUCUUUCGGCUGGAUCAACACCAUCGGUGUCUGGCAAGCAUACUACGAGACCCAUCAACUCGCGCAAUAUACCUCGUCCGAAAUAGCCUGGAUUCCCUCGUUGGAAGCGUUCAUGAUGUUCUUCCUGGGCCCCUGGGCAGGAGAUCUCCUGGAUCGGUAUGGUCCAAGGUGGUUGUUGUUCGCUGGAACCAUACUGCAUGUUUUUGGGUUAUUGAUGACAAGUCUCUGCAAGGAAUACUAUCAAUUUAUCAUUGCGCAGGGGAUCGUGAGUCCCGUGGGGGUUUGUUUGUUGUUUUAUGCGGCCAUGGGGACGAUUCCGACUUGGUUUUUCAAGAAGAGGGGGUUUGCUUUUAGUGAGUGCUCCGAUUUUCCUGGCCCCUUCAGCGGAAUCGUGCACGUACUGACCUGUCGGCUCUUCAGGUAUCGUCACUUCCGGCAGUUCUCUGGGAGGUGUCAUCCUGCCCAUUAUGACACAGAAGUUGAUUGACGAUGUGGGUUUUGGCUGGAGCCUGCGAAUCACGGCCCUCUUCAUGCUAUACCUCCUCACCAUCGCGAACUUCACCAUUACCUCGCGAAUGCCGCCACGGCCGAAACCUUUCGUGGCAACGGCGUUCCUGGAUCCACUCAAGGAAGUGCCGUUCGCGUUAGUGACCUUCGGCGCUUUUCUGUUUACACUGGGCUUCUUCAUCCCCUUCAACUUUGUAAUAGGUAAGUCAGCCCUUCUAUAACGAGAAGACAAGGAAUUUCGAAGCUGACACGAUUGCGCCGCAGUCGAGGCAAUGCACUACGGCAUGAGCGCCAGCCUAGCAUCUUAUCUCGUCAGCAUCCUCAAUGGUGUGUCCCUGUUCGGCCGUAUCAUUCCUGGUUAUCUGGCAGAUUACAUUGGGCAAUUCAACGUCAUGAUCACGACCUGCUUCAUCACUGGUAAGCUUUGGAGACUGCCGUAAAUCUUUGCUUGGCGGGGCGACUGACACGUGGUGAUGGACAGGAAUACUGAUUCUAGCAAUGUGGCUGCCGGCGACGACCAACGCGCCCAUCAUCCUGUUUUCGGCUUUCUUUGGCUUCUUUAGCGGCGCGUUCGUUUCCAUGUGCAAUGCGGUGAUCGCCGAGAUUACCACAGAUAGUGAGUCGCUCAGCCCAGUCGAGUGUUUCGGGAACACGUUGCUGACAUGUACUGCUUUGUAGUGAGCCAACUGGGAAUCCGCACCGGUACCUUCUAUGCCAUCUUCGCAGUGGGAGCACUCUUCUCGAGUCCGAUUGGCGGUGCUCUCAUUGCGAGUUGGAAUGGCAGCUAUGUUGGAGUUCAGAUCUUCGCUGGUAUCAUGUGCCUUGCUGGCGCAUGCUUCAUUGCUGCAGCACGGGUCAAAGUGGCUGGCAUGGGACUAAGGACGAAAGCUUGA